ACUAGAAUGACAUAGAAUUUGCCAUACGGCCACGUCUUGUAAUAUAGCGAGUCUCACUCAGCCUUGAUACCCUAUUUACCUGAAAGACCGCACUGCCGCCAUUACAGUGUGAUCCCAGAAUUACAAUUGAACCGCGAUGCCUAUCAUUGGACUUCUCGCGGUCGGCGUCAGUCUUGCGAUAGACAAGUACCAAGAAAGGCAGGCAGCAAGAAAUGCGGGAAUCGACUCUCAUGGCCAAAACUCCGGCUUUGAAACUGGUAUCACAUCACCAGAGAUCGAACGGAGACGGGAAGAAGAAGCAUUCCAUGAACUUCAAAAUUACGCCGACUUCCAAAAUGCCCUGUCCAGCAAAGUCUUGGAUGAACUAUCAAAGGACGACUCACUUCCCGCGCCUUAUUCUUCUAACUUGACGGCAAUCACCAACAGAUCUGGCAGCGGGAGGUACAAUCAAUCAGACGGUGUACGACACACGACCCAAGGUCGCUUACCAUGUCUGAUCAUCAUCUCUCAGAAUGCUCCUGGACCCGACGGACCUGGCUGGGUUCGAACCUAUUCGCCUGUUCUAAUGGAUUGUGGUAUCUCUCAGGAAUCAUUUCUAAAAUUCCUGGAUUCUUUCAAUGAAUCUCUCCAAUUCUACCCCGAUAUCGAAGCCGUGAAUGUCACCGCUCUCCAAUCUGGGGUCGGUUGGCGAGACAAGACGACGGAGCUUUCAACUGCCAUCCCCAGCGCAGUGCGGCUAGCAAAAGAUGCACAAAGAUAUCGGGAACUCGACACUUUCCUCGACCAAUCAAACCUCUCACUGUUCACUCCCCGAGGCCUCUUCGCUAUGGUCAUAACAUCAAACCCCAAUGACCUAUCACCAGUUCUCACCAUCAACGUGCUCGACUCCUCGCAUCCCGGCAGGUCCGAACUGAACAUGCAAGACUUGACGUUCGGCGGCAUGGAUUACGGACACACAACAUUUAACCUUAACAAAACGAAACAGCCACAACCAAGACGUUCCAAUAAGUUACAGAAAAUGAGCAACUUCAUCUCCGACUACAGUGACCGAAGAGCGCACAUCCAACCCACCAGUCCAUCCAACAAUCUCCCCCUCUUCUCUCUCAUCUCGAGCAUUUCCAGCAACCGUGAAAGCAAGAAUGACUCGCGCAAACGGCAGAACCACAGAUUCCAGCGCGCGCGUCCAACGUCUAAGUCAAGUGGCGUUAGCUCCGUCGAAGGUGCGUUUGGUGUUACGAAGGUUGGGAAGUCGCCUGCUUCGGCAAAGGGAAUAAUGGAGCGGAUGAGGAGGGAUGAGGGAGAUGAGGGCGAUGCGGGACAAGAGAGAGAUGUUUGGGAUGCGAAGAUACAGACGGGGGUCCUUUAUCUAGUGAUUGUCAACGAUCCGGGAAACGAGCAGAAAUUCGCGGACCAUGGAGAAGUCUACGAUGAGCCAGCUGUUGAUAUCGAUCCAUCGAUAGCCAAAGGGAAAGAGAGGGAGGAAAAUAGGUAUGAAGAACACAACGGCGUGGGGGACUUAAUAGGAAGGAAAACGGUGGACGAACAGCACUUCGAUGACGAACAUAUGGACGCAGAGGACCUGCCACCGCGAUAUAGCACCAUCCACCCACAGCACCAGGCUCGAGUGCAAGCAUGGCGAGAACAAAACCCAGAAUCUUACGAUCCCGUAUUAUAGUCUUCCUCAACUGUCAAUGUCUUUGGAAUUCAGGAUCUGGAGUCAGGGGUUCAGCAGCCCCACUCGC